UUUGGCGGCGGGCGGUAUAUAUUGCAAACGAGGGGAACGUCCGCGCCGAUCGCUGUUCUGCAUAUUUGCCAAAUCAAAUCAGCGUGGGAAAAUCAGACUACGAAGCACAGCAAAAGCACAGUCACCACCCUUCACGGCAAAAAAACAUGCUCGGCGCACAUGAGUUGGCGGCGAUCGAAGACGAUGAUGAAGAUGAGCUCUUAGACGCGGCCGCCGACGUCUUGGAGAACGUUGAAGAAGCUGUGGUGGAAGAAGCAGAUGAUUGUCGCCCUUCGGCCGCCACCAGCACCCCGUUGACGGUCGCCGAACGCCUCGCCGCCUACAAGGCCAAACGAACGAACGCACGCGGUCAGUACGUCUGUCGGAAGUCCCAUUUAUCAGCUGAAGAACGUGAUGCCCUCCAGCCUGCGCGAUCUGCACAAGAACGUGAGGAGCUCAAGGCUCGACGUGAAAAGGUCCACAUGCUGUUGAAACGCAACAAGUGGGCUGUCACGUACCAACUGCAACUAGACCGCGUCCUUGAGACGUGGAAAUCGUUUGCACGCGUGGGGCUUGGUCGUGCCCCAGGCCAUGAGUGCGCAUGGGACGACGUCAAGGACAGCGAGGACGACCUCUUUGAGUUUGCGCGGACGUUGUACGAGGAGAAGAAGCCGAGCGCCGGGGGAGGACAAGUGCGCCGGUACGGUUACAAGACCCUAAGGAAUACCAUCCGGAGGUGCUGUCUUACGCGAUCAAGGACGUGCACGACGUUACCAUCGUGACCGGCAAGGCCAUCGACCACCUUAUGCUGCUCAAGUCGCAAGACAAGGGCUUUGGAAAACCUGUAACUCGGUGCAAGCCGUUGGGAGCUCAAGAACACCGUCUCUUGAUGAAGACAGCGCAAUGCAUCGUCAAGGACAAAGAUGUGAACAGAGAGGACCGCGUGCGGACGUUGAUGACUGCCGUGAUGCAGUCAAUGUCGCACUGCUACGGACUGCGGCCAAGUUCCGUCUCCUUACGUGACGGUUACAGACCUGCCAAUGACGCCGAGCAAGAACGACUCGCUUUUCAGUUACGUGACUUUUUAGUCGACGGUCCCCUCAUGGACCAUGGUGACUAUUACCCAACGUGCGAUUGGCGGACUACGUGCUCGCAAUGUGGAGUUUGCCUUGA